AUGGGCUUCAUCAGCACACUUCUGGCCAUCAUGGCCAUCAGCCUUCUCGCUACCACUGCAGCUCCACUCGCGAGCCCCCAAGCAGCCGGCGCCGUCUCCUGCUUCCAUGGCGGUGACCUUGCGCCGAAGUCUGACAUCACCGCCGUCAUCAACGAAUUCUGCCGGCUGUUCAAGGACAACCUCUUCGAAAUGGGUCCUCACAGCGCGGGCGAGACAUACCAGUACAAUGGCAACAGUAUCUAUAUCGGCUCGGACAUCACUGAAGCUGGUGGCCCUUUCAACAUCACGACCUAUCAUUGCGUGGACUAUUUGACCAGCGUCCAGAUUCAAUGCGCCUCCUCGCAGAGUGGCUCUGUCGUUACUGAUCAUCCUGCUGGCGCGUUCUUCAUGACUGUCAAUCCGCCUACGCAGCUUGGCCCCACCGUCGAGCGUCGCAAUAUCGAAGUCGCGGAGUCCCUAGACGGUGUUCCACAUACCAUCGCCACGCCACACGAAGGCGCUGCCUCGUUGCCAAGUCGCACGAUCAAGGCGCCGCGCAACGAUCCUGCUGCUGCGACCUGCGCUGAUCCUGACGGCAUGACUGUCACCGACGACCAGGCACGCGAAGCGUACAGCUCUUUCUGCAACUCCGCCAGUGGUCACAAGAAUGAGGCAGCAUCUAGCUUCAACUCGACGUUCGAUGUUUCUGGCAUCACGAUCAAGAUGGAGAUUCACACCGGUCAAUUUGUUCCCUGUGUUCUCAACGCAGACUUCUGCUCGUCCAGCUACGAUAAGCUAGUGUCAAGCUGCAGUGAUGCCUCCUCGGGUACUACACAUGGUGGCAGCUGGUCCGUCGGCGAUCGCGGUCUCAGCUUCAGCCUUGAAAUUGUCAGCAACCCGUUCACAAAGCGCGAUGACACCGAUCCAGUCUAUUGCGUCACCAAGGGCAACCAGGUCUUUCCUGGCGAAGCAAUAACUGCGUACGCCAUAGCCUGUGACGAGUUUGACGGCUAUACCAUCGAUGCUGGAUCCAGCUAUGGCUCGGAUUACGAAGUCAGUGGUAAGCUGCAUCAUACGAUCUUGUCAAAAAUCUGGGCUCCACGUGGUGCGCCCUACAAAGUCGACAAAACUAUCUGCACGGCUGCAUUCGACCAGCUUAUGGCGCAAUGCCCAUUUGCAUACAUGGUCAGUGGUGGGACUAUCAAAAUGGGUCCUGACGACGUUCCUCAAUUUUCCAUCAUUGUUGAUGACAACUUCAACUCAAAGCGCGACAGUGAGGUCGACGCAGUAUUCGUAAGGCCCAGCCGUGGUACGACGCUGGAGAAGCGAGGUCUGCCUGUCGGUGUCCAUUGCGCUAAGACCGGCCCGCCAUUCAGCAUAAGCACCGCUCAAGACAUUGUCAGCAAUGCUUGUUCGCAAAUGCAAGUUCAGGCGGUAGUCGUCAACCCUGGGAGCUACUGGUCCUAUAGAGACACAUCUGGUCCAUUCGAGAUUGAUGUGGAUUUGGAAGCAUCACCCAAGACUCACGAUGUGUUUGACUAUGGAGAAUGCCUCGAGAUCUUUGGUAUCCUGCUUGACCAAUGUGUCGGGCCACUCGAACAGACCCUCGGAGGAAUCUACUCGUAUGGCUCAGGCGAGAAGCAGUUUCUGCUGCUUACGAAUGCCGAUCAGGGGUACGACAAGCGCGAGGUUGAGGUCAACGCCGUCGACACUCGGCGAAACCUACCUGCUGGUGUACAGUGUGCACAUGAUGGCUACCCAUUAGAUAUACAGCUCGCUCAGGACUUCAUCAAUCGGGCUGUCUCGCUAUUCCUUGAGCGUCCAAAGUGGGAGCCCGUGGGCAGUGAAUGGUCGCAGGGAGAAUAUGUGAACGAGGUCGAAGUCACAAUAAAGCUAAAGGCCUCUCCAGACGCUGAUUCCUUUUUUGACUACGGCGAGAUCAUGACAAACUUCAAGACACUAAUCAGCAUGUGUAAGUCUCCCGACAACCAAUUUUUUGGCAGGACUUACUCAGAGGGACCGAAUGCGAAGGAGUUUAUCUUGGAAAUUGGCAAUAAUAAUGUACCCACGAAGCGCGAUUCGAAAUAUGAUGCACCAUUCUCGAAGCGGGAACAGCUUCCUCACGGACCCAACUGUGCUGCCCUCGACAGCUCAAACUCCGCCUCAAUCAAUGAUGUGAAGAGCGCCAUCUUGCAGGCCUGCGACGAAUUUGCCGGCUACCCGAUCAGUGCUGGUUAUCACAUCACGGACGCCGUACCAUUGCCCUCCUCCAAUCAUGUGUUCAUCAUGUCGAUCCUAGCGCCGAUGGGAUCUGACAUGGUUGUCGAUCGGACCUACUGCCGGACCAGCUUCCAAGGUAUUCUGCAGGAGUGCAUCAACGGCCAAGGCAACACUCCCGGCGGUACUUGGUCCUGGGGCGAGGGAGAGACGGAGUAUGUGAUGGGACUUGACACCAAUGUAGUACCACCAAAGCGCGCACUCGCCACCGUCGCCUCCCAGCCAGAUACGCCGGCUUGUGCUGCUACCGGAGGUCCAUCUGUCGACAUACGCGAUGUGAAGGUCAUAAUCCAGUCCUAUUGUAAUGUCGCCGUGGCUUUCCCGGUAUAUCCUGACGAGAACGUCUACAUGCCGUGGGACAUCGAUGGCGGCCAUAUUGUGCCUCAGAUUAAGUCGGCCAAUUCUCAGCCGGCGAAUAUAUCCUCCAUUGCUGCAUGCACCAUGGCCUUCGACACCAUUCUUUCAAGCUGCGCUGACGCGAACGCUCCGGGUGGAGGUAGCUUCACUGGUGGAUCACUCAAGGUGCCUGCAAACUCGCUUGAGUAUGUCAUCACCGUCAACGACAACAACUUGCCGUCAAAGCAGCAACUUGAGAGCACUGGCAGGCUGGACAAGAUUGAUCAGGAUCCUUUCUACAUCUGCACGAACAAGGGCCAAUCAUAUCCUCAAGACCAGGCGCAACUCGCCAUCAAUUCCUUCUGUUGGCACAACUGCGGCUUGACCGUGGAGGCCGGCUGUAAUCAGACCAACAUGUAUGGCUUCGGUAGCAGUCACCUCAUCUUGCAAGUCUUGGCAGUCGAUGAUACCUCUUACACCAUCACAGCGGACAUCUGCGGUCUCGCAUUCGCGGAUGUGCUCAACAACUGUGAUGACAGUACUGCACACACGAUCAAUGGCGGUGCUGUGUACUACCCGCCACACUCCGUGACGAACAUUAUUCGGACUGAAGACAUUCCUCCUCCACCGCCUCCUCCAGAGAAGCGUCUGCCAGAUGAGACUGUUCGUUCAGACGGCAGUCUUAUGGCACGUAGCCUUCCGGAGAACUUCUACUGUACCAAAUCUGGCGCUCGCAGCCUCCCUGGGCCUGAAGUUACUUUGCAUUUCACGGACUUCUGCAACAGGGCAUACGGUCAGGUGCUGGCACAGGACACGUUUGUCUACAACACAUUCCCAUCCAGUGUUGGAGUGAAUCUUGUCGUUGGGAUCAAGACACCUCCCAGCGCCGGCGAAGAAAUAGCGACUGCUCAGGACUGCAUCGAUUCUUUCACGACUGUGAUGGCUCACUGCACAAAUCUGUUGUUUGGCACUUUCUAUGGAGGGGUCUACUCGUCUGGAUCUGACGCAGGCGAGUUCAUCCUGGACAUCGAAGGCAACACCAUCACAAGCAAGCGUGGUCUCCGGGAGCACAGCUUGCCGAAGAUUAGUGCUGUGGAGAGCAGUAUUGUGGAGCGAAUCCUGCCCGAGAACUACUAUCGUGCCAGUAGUGGCCAGACUGUCACGAUCGAGCAUGCAAGUCAAGCCGCAGCACUCACAUGUGAUCUGGUCGGUGGGCAAACACUCGAAGGGAACCACGUUUACCUCAACUACUACACUCAGUUGAACCAGAUCACACUGCAGAUCCAGGUCCGCACAGCAGUCGGAUAUAGUGGCAGCAUCGACACAGACACCUGCGCGCUCAAUUUCGCCGAGCUCAUCUCGAGAUGUGCGGUCAACAAGGAUACGCUAUAUGGCGGUACCUUGUCCUUUGGAGUCGACUCGCUGGAAAUCGUAGUUUAUGUCGAAGGCAACACUAUCGCUGACAAGCGUGACGACUUGACACUUGGCCUCCCAGGGCUCCCAGCAGAUACCACUAUCAUACAAGUCAAUAAAUUCCAAGAGACCGAGCUCCGCGCCAUAGCUAGCAGCGGCCAGAACAUCACCGUCCGGAACGCCAACGAUGCUGUUGCUCACUUCUGCGCCAUGAUUGACGAGCAACCCUUGACUCCAUCCCAAGUCUACAUCAAUUGGUAUACUGUCGGCGGACUCGUCCUGGAGGUGCAGAUACAUGCAGGAACAGGCGAGCAACAGAGCAUCGGCAACGACAUCUGCCUUCUCAACUUCGGCGUCCUCAUUGCGAAGUGCUCGGAUGGUGGCAUCGGUGACGAUCCCUUCCAAGGCGGUGUUGAAGGUACAGGUGUCGGCUCCAUCGAGCUUGUCCUGCAUAUCGAGGGCAAUUCCGAUGCAACGGGCCAGAGUUCAGUCGGUCGUCGCCGUCGCGAUCUCGCGGCUGUCAAGACAAAUAUUGUACAAGCCAACUCGCUGCAGCAGAACGAACUCCGCACAACCCCUACAGGAACCACGAAAUGCUAUACCUCCAACUUCGGCGCCCAGUCAGACGAGAUCACACCCAUGAUUACCGACUUCUGCCACCGCUACGGCAACAAGUAUAUCGCAAGCCAGAAAGCCACCUUGGAGACUUAUGCCACAGCAAGUAGUAGCGGUCCCAGCUGGGUAGGCCUGUCAAAUUAUCAGCCGAUCGGAGACUGGUACUACCUCGAUACGGGACUAUGUCUCGAGGUGUUUGAGAAGCUGGUCGAUGAUUGUAGCUUGGGUAAGGGCGACAGUAAUAAGCCGGGUGGGACGUAUACGCUGGAGGGUGGGAAGCUGGAGUUCGUUCUCAACAUCAACCCUGCUUCGCCGAUUUGA